AUGAUGGUCUCUGAUGAAGAAAAACGAUGGAUUGUUGCCGGAAUUGCUAUGAACAAAGUCGCUGCUCCUGUUUUGCGGGAUGCUGUCAAACAAGGAAUAGACACCAACUAUACAGAUCUGGACAGACACUGUCAACAUCUAUCCCCACCUUGUACUCUAAAGACAUUAAAUCAUGGUCUGGUCCGAGCAGAUGCUAUCUUUGCACGACUGAAAUUUCAAAAUAUUAACAAUAAUGGAAGUUUACAUGGAAAGCACUACAGUAGCUACAACUUUAACAUUAGUGACUCCAUAGAUUUGGCAAAGUUAUAUCUGCCAGAUUAUCUGGUUCAGUUUUCAGCAUUUGAUGAAUCACUGGACUUGACUGCCAUCCUGCGGCUGUUAGGGUUUAAGAGCUACAAGCCUGUCGCUGUGUUCUCCCCACACAUCCAGGCCUCAGCUGAUGAUGUCAGAGAAAAUGUCAGAAACAAAUGGGGCCAUGUUGAUGUCACUGAGUGGACAGAUGCCCUGUUCAAUGAUUGCUUUGACAAGCUAAAGGCAUUGGUGAAGAGUCUAGGACUAACAGCCUGUGCAGAGAAAACAACAUUGGAUCAGCUUGAUGACUGGCAAACAAAAGGUUAUUGCACCUACACAAAAUAAAAUAAAAAUUAUUAUAUUCAUUGGGGGCAGACACUAAAGAAAAUUUUGCUCCUGCAAAUAUCUAAAUGUAGUAACUGUUCAUCGCUAGUAUAAUGUAAAGUGCAUGACAGCAAUUCCUCAUGUGUAAUUGUGGCUCCACAAUCCUAAUCCAAUAAAUAUUAAAAAACUGAUACCAAUUGCAUAGUAUUUCAGGAGGAGCCACCCAUAUUGUGUGCACAGGAAUAGUUACAGUACCUACGUUUCUUUUUACUAGGGAAAACAAUUGCAAAAUAGAUGUUACCUAUAGUGGAACCUCCAUUCAGGGGACACCCUCGGGAUCAAGGAAAGUGUCCCCUGAAUGGAGGUUGGGCUGGGGUUUGUUAUUGAUUAACCUACAAAUAAAAUAUUUUUAUUUAAGUCUGCCUUCAAAUUUGCUGUGGUCAAUAUUUGCAGCAGCAGGAUAAUGCAUAAAAAAUCAUGUUUAACUUAUCUCUGCAAAAUUCUGCGUCUCAAUCCCACAAACUUGUCAACGAUGUUUGUGGUCAGUCACUUUUUGAGUGCUAAGUUGUCCACUGCAAGGAACUUAAACCCAGGUUUUGGGACCCAGAAAGAGUGCCCCUUUCCCCUAAAUAGUGGUGUCCCUUCUAUAGGAGUAAUAGAUACAAAGAUUAUGUGAACAUUUUUCAGGGACAAAAUUAUUUUGUGUCCGCUGAAUGGAGGUGUCCCUUGACAAAAUAGAGGUUUGUCUCAAAGAGAGGUUCCACUGUAUUUUGUUGUUGCACACAUGCACAAUAAAAGCUUCACUUAUUUUUCGUUUUUCUUUUUUACAGGUUGUCAGUUAAUCUUGGGACAUGCUGUGGACAGGGAUCUUCUCCUUUUGGUACAAGGCGAAGUGAGAGGUCUGAUCAAGGACUACAACACCUUUGAAAAAAACCUUGCCACCCUUAGAGAUCAAGAUAAGCGUAAAGGAACGGUUUUAGAUGAACAUCACAAACGCCUUGAAGCGCUCGAAGAGAAGCUACAGGAGGCAUCAGAGAACAGACGUGAAGAGAUUAAAAAGGUUUUAGAGAGACUUUCGUCUUUCGAAGGACAGUUAUCGAUACGACUUCAAGUGGUAGAAGAAAAAGUGGAUCAACUAGAGCAAACUCUAACGAAGACAGAUGACAGAGUAAGUCAACUUGAACAAAGUCAAACCGACACAAUUAGUAAAGUAGAACUGCUGAAGCACAGUCAUACCAAGACAGCUGAUGAAGUAGAACUGCUGAAGCAAAGCCACACUGAGGCGGCUGCAAAAGUGGAUCAACUGGAUCAAAGAUGUACUAAAGUGGAGCAAAUCGGACUACAAAUAAAAACGCAGAAUGACAAACCAGGUAAGCAAAGGCUGUGAUCCCAUGAGCAAUAUGUUUUAAUCGCCCAUUAUUUAUAGUGAAUACAAGGCAAAAAUAUGCUUCAUUGUUUGACACUUCUAAAUUUAACGUGGCUAUUACGGGACUUGUAAUUAACAAAAUACAUUAACUGAUUAUUUUCUUUGCAUUUUGGCUCUUUUUUUUUUUUUCCAUAAAGAACCUUUUCAAAUAUGGAAUACUGUAUAUUUAUUUUUGUACUGUAUACCUUUUUUCUUCACGACGUUUUAUAGCUUCUUUGAUUCUUGAUUGUUUCUGGCUUAUGAAUUUCAAGUCGACAAGAAGUGAAAAUCAUGCAGUGACUUUUGCGACUGCGGAUAACAAGCCCGAAAGUGUUUGCAGUCGCUUUAAAUAUUGAUGAGUGGUCGUUUACGAGAGAAUUUUAAAACAGUAUUCACUGAGAAACAAAACGGUUUUUUUAGAAAGUGGUCGGUUAAUAGAAGUGGUGGCUUAAAAGAGUGGUCGUAAGGAGAGAUUUGCCUGUAUUUUAAGCAAUUUUAACUGAUGUUAUCUUCCACAUGAUCACAAAAUGCCUCGCAUGGCUUCGGCUGCUGUCUCUGCUUUCUUUUCAUCGACUUCUUUUGAUCUACCUUCGUUCUUGACGUCUUCCUUGCUCUUACUCGUAGUUGCCUGAAACGCGUGCCCCUUUUUAUUUCGAUGACUGCCUGGUGUAUAAAUCGUUGAGAUACUUGAGGGACAAGGAUGCUGACCUCCUAGACUUCAUGAACAUGCAGCAAACACAGCUUUUGUGUUUUUCUCGUGUUUGACACAACGAAAUAUAAACUUUUUCUUGUGCACACGUGACUCUGUUGUUGCAACGGGGAGUCAAUGUAUUAAACGAGAGAAAGGGUCGGUUUUCGGGUGAGUGACGUUCGGGUUCUCGAUGAUUCCAUUUAGUAAGGUCAUAUUUGUUAAAGAGGUGCAAGUGAUCAGCGAAAUGUGGACUGGUGUGUAGUCAAUUUUUUUUUAUAUUUAGUAGGUUUUUCAUCAUACCUAGUAAGUCGGGGUUAAAACCUUAGUGACGUUCUUCGCCAGAUCUCAGUUGCUUUUGAAUCAGUUUUUCAUGUUAUUUGUUAGUUCAACUUCAAAGACCAGUGUUGUCAGUCUUAGAUACUAAGUUCUAUCACUGAUGGAAUUUCUUUCUCUAUCAGAAGCAUCAUCUAUGAAACCUUUCGACCUGAAAUAUUGUCGAAGCAAGCUGGAGGAUCACUACCAAAAAACAGCAACUGUGCCUACCUCAGUUUGGUGUAAGAAAUCCGUUGUCGAUAUUCACCAGAUCUACACUCGUCUUUCCUGGGUGAAAGAGAAACAAACCCCUGCUGGAACAACACAGUCUGAGCUGAACAAUUACAGUGACCUGCUCACUGCAGACGAGAACGGCGCCAUUCCAAAGAGAAUACUCGUGCAAGGGCAGACGGGAAUUGGAAAAAGUACGUUUGUGAAAAAGCUGCUUGUAGACUGGGUUGAAGUAAAUAAGGAAACUGGUGAUGAGCAAACUCCUGUCCUGAAGAAUUUUGAGCUUGUGGUUGCUGUUAACCUCAAGGAAGUGUCCAAAUGUCAAAGCCUUGAGGACGUCAUAAGAAUGUCCAAUGUGUUUGCAAAGGAGGACAAAUAUAUGACAGAUGGCCUGAUUGAUUACAUCACUAAUAACCAGGAGAAAGUACUUCUGAUCUUUGACGGCUACGACGAAUACCGCAGUGGAUGCAGCUCAGAAAUAUACGAGAUUUUUCGUGGAAGCGGCCUGAGAAGCUGCUGUGUAUUGAUAACAACUCGUAUUUCAAAAGCUGACGAGCUACGAGGAUUGGAAGAUCUACACGCUGAAAUAACGGGAUUCAGUAAAAAGGAUAGAAGAGACUUUAUGCGUAGGUUUCUUGCUGACGAUGAAGCGUUUGCCUUAUAUCGUCAUUUGCUUGAUAGGAACCUGCAAGAAUUGACGAAAGUCCCUCUACUUCUCCUUUUUUUCUGUACCCUGUGGAAAAGGGGACAGUCAAAGGUCUUUCCAAAAUCUAAAACUGAAUUGUAUACGUACAUCAUCCAGUUCAUUAUAAAUCACAGCCAUAUCAAGCGAUCUCCACCUCAUUACGUUAACUUACAAUCUUCCAAAGAGAUCCUCUCAGAAAUAGGAAAAGUUGCUUUACAAGGUCUUCUGAACGAUGAUCAUUUGUUUGAAUACAGUCAGUUGUCCGAAUCUGUCCUUUGUGACGAAAGCGUCUUCAUCGGUUUGCUUCAAAUCACCGAAUACUCAGAGACUUUGCAACCAGUUGGAAUGGUCUCCUUCAUUCACAAGAGCAUACAGGAGUUCCUUGCCGCGUGGUACAUCACAAAAAAAUGUAUACCUGAGGGCGGAAGGGUUAAUGAAUUCGGAGUGAAGUUAGAGCAAUGCUUGGCUUUAGCGAAUGUAUUUCAGUUUAUGUGCGGCCUGAGUGAAGAUGGAGCAUCGAUGGCUUUCACGCAUUUAAAGUCUGUCAGAAUUUCAGAUCCUUCGCUGGAUUUAUCCAAGGCAAUCCCGGACGUAGAGAAAGAAACCGACGUGCCUCUGAGUGACGUCACUGACCGUCAGCGGAAUUUCAACGAUCUAGUUUUGAAAUCGUUUGAAGAAGUUAAAUCAAAAGCUGGACUUUCAGAAACUUGUUUGGAUUGUCUUGGGAGUAUUUUUCUCUCUCAUUCAUAUUAUACGACAUCAUUUCCCGAAGACCUUCUUAUAACGCUAAGAGAUGCAAGCACCUGGUCUUUUAUUUUUGAAGGAACAGAACCAUUGGAAACUUUGAGGGACCAAGUACGCAUGCAACUCGUUUGGGUGAGUUAUAUCGCUCAGCGAGUUACUGAAAGUUCUGAAAUUCAAAAUUUAGAAAAAUUUCUGAGAGAUUUUAUAGAUUUUAAUUAUUUUUGUUCUUGUGGGUUUUCUGCAGUCUGUAGUAUUCGUAAUGGCCAGGUCUACUUUUACAUCAAACACUUGGAAAUGACAUGUGAUCUCCAUGCCAGGCUAAUCACUGACAAUGUUGCUUCUCAUGCAUCUCAUUCAAGUUUAAGACAGCCAUGUCUGAAAUACCUGAAAACUCUAAAUUUUUUGGAAGCUGAUGAUUCAAUGAAAUUCCCUUUCAUCGAUCCAUGUAAAGACCCUCUUCUUCCACUCCCCCAUGACCAUUUAAAACGCAUUAAGCGUUCAUUCAGUGAGAACGCUUUGUAUCCUUUCUUGGAGCAAGUACCAAAUCCUUGCAGGUGCACUUUGUCUAUCAAGCAUUUUGACGUAACGUCAAAAGAAGCAGUAAAGCUUGCAUCUUUGUUACCAAUGUUCGAAAACAUCACUAAUCUUCGCCUUAACCUUGCUGUUUGCUCUGCUAAGUCAGUAACAAAAUUGGUGGCCGCUAUCAAGCACAAGUCUCUCGUGGAUCUAAUACUGAGUGAAAUCCACCUGACUUCAGCAGUAGUCGAUGCGCUCGGUCAGUCACUGCCUGAAUUAUCAACACUCCGAACACUGAGAAUAAGUGGCUUAAAUGUUUGUGCCAAUGAAGCAGCAACGAGAUUGUGUGCCGCUCUCAAGAACAAGUCUCUUGAGGUACUGGAAUUGAGAGACGUCAACCUGACGUCAGCAGCAGCCGAGGUACUUAUUAGUCAGUCGCUUUCUAAAUUACCAGCCUUACGAACACUAAAGAUAAGUGGCUUGGCUAAAAGUUCUGAUGAAAAAGUAACAUUCAUUCUGAUGUCAGCAUUAGCCAAGGCGCUUGGUCAUUCACGUGAAUUGCCAGCCUUACAAACCCUGCAGAUAGGAAGCUUGGAUGAAACCAGGUUGCUCGUACGGUUUGUACCAUGUGUUUUGCAGUUUCAAAUUCUGGAGAUAGGUGGCUUGAGAGAAUGUUCUGCUAAAGCAGUAACAAGAUUGUUUACAGCUCUCAAGGACAAGACUCUCAAGAAACUGCAUCUGAGUAAAAUCAUGAUAACGUCAGUAGUAGCGGAGGCGCUUGGACAGUCGCUGCCUGAAUUUUCAGCUGUAGAUUCACUGAAGAUAAGUGGCUCGGAUGGAUGCAGUUUGGAAGAUAAGGAAGUGGAGGCGCUGUUUGGCAGAUUUAACAGACCCUCUCCUUUGGUAUCUCUAGUAAUUGAUCAUUUCAGCCUGAGAGGAAGUCUUUCUGUACUCGCCAAAAACCUGCACUUCUUCCCCCGCUUGAAACGUUUAGACCUUUCGAUAACCGUGGAUGAAUCUGACCUUUUUGGUCUUCUCGAAAAAAUGAAAUUUCUUCCUGAACUAGAACAUCUGACCCUGAAGGGUAUUGCACUGCUCCAGUCAAUGAGGUCAAUGGUCCCACAAUUGCUAAAGCUCAAAAAACUUGAAAUUCUUUGUUUAAAGACAGAAGAUUUAUCAAAAGAAGAGCUGUGUUAUGUCCAAGAGGCCUUCCAAGGAAAACUCCGUCAGCUGACAAUUGAAGUAGCAAAUUAUGGUAAGGCGAGUCAACACCUGUGGAUAUCACGUUAACCCUUUAAGCCGCAAUAUCCAUAGACAACUUAUCUAGGAUGAUCUCCAUACCUUUUGUCAAACAAUUAGUUCAGAGAAUUUGUUAACAGAUCAAAGGAUUUUCCCUUCGGUGAUCAUUUUAUUAAAUCUCAUACCCAAUCACUUGAUUAUGUAUUGAUAUUGUUAGGGGAAAAAUAAUGUUAGUCAAUAUCACUUAUUGCGACUUGAAGGGUUAACUCUUUCGAAGCUGUAUACAUGGAAAGUGCGGGCGUACGGUAUUUACGCACGAGUUGUUGGCGUAUCAGAAGUCGAACAAGUGAGGGGGCUGAGUGAGACUUUCUGAUACAAAACAACGAGUGCGUAAAUACUGUACAAAAUCCUCCUGUGUGAUAUUGUGCUUUAACUUUAUAUUUCUGUCUGAGCCCAAAUUAUGUUCUUUUUCCGUGCGAAGCUAGGCGCAAAGAGCCUCGCGGAAGCGACAUUUAAUAUCGCUUUGUCGGCCGCAUGUUCGUCAAAUGCGAGGAAAUGAGUUGAAAUUCCAUUCUUGAUAAAUACAGCUCUACCAGCUUCGAACAGCGUCUACGGGCAGAAUUUCAUGGGCAAAAACGUUAAAGAUAUUAAUUUUAAGGGAACGUUUAACAAUUGUUGUCGUGACCCAAUUAGCAACACAAUGACCUCUAUUUUUUAUGGUCCGGGGUCUACCCUCGCCGGAGGAAAAAAUUUUUUUUGGUCGUUUUGUUUUGUUUUGUUUUUCUGUGGCCUAUUUCUGGCACUGUCUCAGGAAAUAAGCGGAUAUUUUUCCUUGCAGAUAAUUCUCAAAAACUAGGUAACAUCCAUGGGGCGAUAUAUUUUGCAUAUUUGUUCAUUUCUUCCGUUCGGUUAGUUAGAAAUUCAGUUAUUUCGUCUUCGUAUAGCCGUGAACACCAUUUUCUUAGUUUGAUAAUUGCAAAUGAAAGCUUUUGCUUUGCUUUUUAACAGGAGAUUUUCCAGAACAUUCUGUAGGAGAUGUAAUUGGAGAAAGCCUCCCUACGAUGUCAAGGGUCAUAUUUUAUUGUGAAAUGAUUCAACUUUUAACCAUCCGCGUGGAUUAUUUCGCGUACGCUGAGGUACGCUGAGGUACAUCAUGUAUUUCAGAUAACCAGUCGCCAUCUUUGCUCAGAGGCAGUAGUUAGACUGAAGACCUUUGUUUUACUGUAAUGUCGAUUGGAACUAGCUAGCAGACAAAGAUUUAUACCUUCGCCGAGGCGUCUCUAGUAAUAAAGAAAAAAGAAAUUAAAAAAGAACAGUUAAUAACGACAACAACAAACAACAGCAACAAAUGGGGGAGAGAUCAAAUGGAACCAGUUAAUAUAGACUGACACCAAAAGUAGUAUUCAAAAACUACGUAAUUUCUAAUAAUAGCUGACACUUGAACUGACCCCUUGUUAUUGGAUAUUAAAAGAAGGAGAUGUAAUUAACAAUUACUUCAUGAAAGUGCGUCGGAUAAGCCUGCGUUGUACACCAUUUUACACAGGUGGUUUAGAGUGUCUGCGACGAAAGCUACAACCGGUUGCAAAAGUACUUGAGACACUGUAUCGUAUUUUGGCAUAAUUGGCUUGUCCAUGAUCUUGUGCUUGUGAUCCCCCCUCCACCCCUUAUCAAAGUUGCUAGCAAUACAAGACCAUACUCAAAACUUAGAGGAACAAAUUACUUUGAAUGGGAGGGAGGUCAGUGUUAUAUCUCACAGACCUGUGACCAGGAGCGAUUUGAAGCAAGAAAGGACGUUUUUUUCGUGGGAGUGUCUCAACAUUUUUGCAACUGGUUGUGUGAGCCCUUCAUACCCCUAUAGCCUCGAGAGCUCGCAUGUAACGUGGCUUUGUAUUCUGUACUUGGUGACGAAAUUUCUUUCUUUCCCAAAAGGAAGUCACUGUCCCCAAGAAUAGCAAUUUUCCAGCACAGCAAUGUCAGGAAUUUACGUGCUUCAACGGCGGUCUACCAUCAUAUGAGAUAAAUAUAAUAAUAUAUUUCUUACUAUUGCAGAAUGGUAGACCGUGGAUUGAUGGUAGACCGUCAGAAAAUAGAAACUAACAUAGCACACAACUUUUUCUGUUCUCUAGCUCUAACGGACUUUAAUAACCAUCUUAUUUUCACCGUAAUAGAUGAAAAAAACUGAACGGUUUUACUUUAACAGCGAUGUUGUAAAAUAAGUCACGCGGUAUACCGAUUACAUAAGGCCAUUGCAUAUCAAAUGUCAUUGCGUUACAGAUGCAGGGGUUAAAAUGAAGGUUUGGCAGCUUUAUUCGCAACUAUAAUAUCUUUUAAUACCAAGAAAAGGAAAAUUAUGUUGUGAUUAACCAUUCGCACUUCUAAGAGUUAAGUGACAACGCCGAAACUUUAAGCUAUGUCACGGUAGAUAAUGGCGCAUGCGUUACAACAAAACUGAGGCAAAGUGUAAAAGUUACUACAUUCUUAGGG